AUGGUCAAGUCUCGAAGGGGACUUGGACUUGCCGAGGCCGAUUUCGGAGUCAAGCUCGGCGGCAUGAAUGUGCAGGAGCCGCACCAGGGCCUGGCCAACGCUUACCGCAAACUCGGAAAGGUGGUUCAGGCCGUCGGCGAUUACCACGCCGCCCAAGCCACCGCCCAAGCCACGACCAUUGGCGACCCGUUCCAGUACCACUCUCAGGACGCCUUCAUCGUCAAGGAGAGCCUGACAAACCGUCAGAUCCUCAUCCGCGAGUUUCUCCAGGCACAGGAGAACACGCGAAGCCGGCUCAACGCCGCCGACCGACUCAAGGCCUCGUCGACCGUUCGCCGCGAAAAGGUCGAUGAGGCCAUCGCAGCCCUCGACGAGGCCCGCACGAACGAGACUCACCUGUACCAGAAGACGACUACGGUGACGCGGAACCUCGUCCACGAGAAGCGCAAGUGGUUCACACGCACGGCCGCGGAUCUCCGCUUGAGCAUCAGGGAGUACGUGCUCCGCGAGAUCGAGGCCGAGCGUAGGACCCUUGCCCUCCUCGAGAGCGUCCGAGGCGACAUUCGCUCCAUUGAUUCAUCCGGAGGCCUGAGCCGCCUCGGUCGAGAGGCUCACCCUCCGGCUCGGAGGUCGAACCUUGCCGCGAGCCAGGGCCCCAAGGGCGAUGCUUGGAGCGGCGUGCCCCGGCGCACCGAUCUCAAUAGGGGCUCUCCGGCAGCAUGA